CUUAAUCACUUAAUAAGUGUGCCUCGAUUUUGCAUUUUAAACACCGUAGUAUAUUAAGUUAGUCAUACAAAUGGCUUACAUGCAUUUAUUACGAGUACUAGUAAAAUGAGGACUGUGACACCCCUGAUUCGUUUAGUAAAAUCAUCAAUAAAUUGCUAUUAAUAAACCAUCAUUCUAAUUGUUUAUUCCUUUGCUACUUUGCUCUUUACAGUGCACAUUACGUACUCAUACGUCUUAUAAAUAAUAAGUUCGAACCACCGUCAUUUCUACAUAUAACAUGUCGGACUCCGAGUUUGAAACUAUUGUACCCCUAAAUAACAAGACUGGAGGUGCGAAAGCGAAAAAACCGGUGCAGAAAAGAAAGUCCGAUGCUGCUAAUAGGUCCGAUUCAGAACGAGAGUGGGAAGAAAUUGACGCGGGGACCAAGAAGGUGAAGAAGCCUCGCCAGGCGAAAUCUCCUAGGACUACUAGUGGAGCGUCUAAGAAAAAGACUGCCAGCAACCCCUUCGACGUCUUCGAGCUAUUUCCUGAUGACGAGGCAUUUGCGAAAAAUUGCCCUACACCAGACCAGCUACGCUCGUCUAUAACUCAACGCGUGGCUGAUGGAUUGACUCGGCGUGCUGCUGAUCUUGAGGGGGAGUUUUUCUUGGAGCUGCGAGUAUACAACACCGCCGAUAUACGCAGUGAGUUAGCGGAGCAUAAGUGGAAAAAGGCCCUUCUGGCAGUUAAAGCGCAAAUAAAUAACGAUACUCCUCAGUGGGAAUAUCUACAAAAACUCACAAAGCAUUUAAGAACUCUUUUUGACGAUGCUGAAGUUACAUUUUUUCACAACAAAAAAGGUUAAAAAUUCAGCAUUGUCAAAAAUAAUUUUUAAGUGUAUAUUUUGAACUGUAUUCGGAUACCACACAUAUACAUAUAGGUACUUACUUUAGUUAGAUAAAUACUUAUUUUACUGUUUUAUACGCGAAUUUAGUUAGGUGGAACUAAAAUGCCUUUUUGCUCUGCCUGUUCAAUCCAAGUUCUGAAAAAUAAAUGGGUUGGUCAUUUGAGAAGUACUAAACACAAAAAUAAUUCUUUAGUGGCAGUAACUGAUGGCGUAAUUGAGAUUUCGUCUGCCUUUCAGGGUCGUAUAUCAUCUUAUAGAGUUUUCGGAUCUGAAGAGCUAGAAUUUGCUAUACCUGAACAGUUUUUAGAUAAUUUAACGUCGAAACUAGAAAAUAUUAUAAAACAGUGUUUGAUAAAGCACGUGUGUUUAAAAAUCAAUUUCGAGUAUUUUGGAAACUUUCUUUUAUUUAAGAACAACCGGCAGGAAACAAAGUCGUUUACGACAAAAAACUUCACAGUACAUCAAAACUAUACAUUUUCUGAGUUAUACCAAAAAGUUAUAAACGACAUAAAAAAUAACAUUGAAAAUUUUGAGCAGCGCGAUAGUGGAUGGACUUUCUUAUCUAAUUUAUAUUUAGAGGUUAAUGUUAACAAAUACCAGCCUCUGAAAGGAUCUUCUUACAUAGAUUUACCUAAGUCUAUUAAAAACAAGAAAGCUUGUAUUAACAUACAGAAUAAAGAUGAAUAUUGUUUUCUGUGGAGUAUUGUUGCUGCGCUUUAUCCCUCAAAAAAUCACAAAGAGCGUACGGCCUCAUACCCCUACUUUAAAGACGUGUUGAAUAUUGAUGGUCUCAGUUUUCCCAUAACUUUCUCUGAUAUUGGUAUGUUUGAGCAUAAAAAUGUGGGUUUAAGUAUUAAUGUGUAUUCUUUAAUGGAUAAUCGUACAGUGGCAGGACCUAUUUAUAGAUCUCAAUAUAAAAGGAGUAAGAAAAUUAAUUUACUUUUAAUAGAGAAAGGAAAUAAAUCGCACUACGUUUUAAUAAAUAAUUUGUCUCGAUUGGUUCGUUCCCAAAUAACUAAACAUCAUGGUAAACUU